GCAAGAUCAAGAGUUGCGCCGUUAAAGACACUAACAUUAGCCAAGUUGGAACUUUGUGCAGCUCUCUUGUUGGCAAAGCUUCAUAGGACGGUUUAUGAAGCACUCGGAAACAGAAUAAACGAGUCUCAUUUGUGGACUGAUUCUACAAUUGUAAUAAGUUGGAUACAUACGUGUCCAAGCACUCUAAAAACGUUUGUGGCUAAUCGAGUCUCGAAGAUUCAGAGACUUACUUCUCAAGUCGCGUGGCAUCAUGUGCCCUCUGAUAGGAAUCCCGCAGAUGUCUUGUCAAGAGGAACUACAACUAGCGAAUUGAAGAACAAUCAUUUGUGGUGGUAUGGGCCAAAUUGGCUUCCGCGGAGGGAAGAUUGGCCUGAACAACCAAGAAGAAUAGUAGACUUACCAGAGAAGAAAAUUGUAAACGCUCUAGGAGUAACGGUUACUCAACCUACAAUUUGCCAGACGUAUCCUCGUUUAAACUAAUUGUAAGAACUAUGGCUUAUUGUCAUAAAUUUAUUGACGGAUGUCGCAAAUUAACGCAUACUAAGACUCUUACGGUAACGGAGCUGGAACGAGCAGAAAUUACAGUUAUAAGGAUGGUUCAACAAGAGGCCUUUCCUCAAGAGAUUCUAUAUUUGCAAGCUGGCAAAUCUCUCAAUGCGAGCAGCAAACUUAGAGCAUUUGACGUUUAUUUGGAUUCCAAGGGAUUGAUACGAGUGGGUGGUCGCUUGAGUCAGGCCAAACUUCAAGAAGCAGCAAAGCACCCCAUAAUGUUGCCUGCAAAACUCAGGGUGACAAACUUGAUAUUCCGAGAUGAACAUGUUAAGCUACUUCACUGCGGAACGGAGCAGUUGUUGGCGUCCAUCAGGCAAAAAUACUGGCCUUUUUCCGGGAGAAGAGAGGCACGCAAGGUCGUUCGUUCCUGUCUAGUUUGCUUUCGAUUGCGCGCGAAGGGCGCACGAGUCAAGAUGGGAGACCUUCCAGAGGCACGAGUUACUGGAUUCCUGCGUCCGUUCACAAUUUGCGGAGUGGACUAUGCGGGCCCAAUACAGAUAAGAGAGAGUCGACGCCGAGGACGUGUUCACAUUUCGAAGGCAUACAUCGCCCUAUUUAUUUGUUUCAAUACAAGGGCGAUCCAUUUGGAGUUGGUAACUAGUUUAACGACCGAAGGUUUCUUGGCCGCUUUACAUCGUUUCACAGGUCGCAGGGGCGUGUGUUCACAGCUCUUUUCAGAUAAUGGUACUAAUUUUGUUGGCGCGGAGCGAGAGCUGAGCGAAAUGUACGAAUUUCUUAAGAAGGAAGAAAAAACUAUACACCUGCAGUUGGCGAAACAGAAAAUCAAUUGGAGCUUUAUUCCGCCGAGGACUCCAAACUUUGGAGGUUUAUGGGAGUCAGCCGUUAAGCGUGUAAAACAUCAUUUCAAUGCAGUAACUAAGGGUCUUGUGUUGACAUUCGAAGAGUGUUAUACUCUUCUUGUUGGGAUUGAAGCAGUCAUGAAUUCCCGACCCUUAACUCCUUGCUCGAACGAUCCCCAAGAUUUAUCAGUCCUAACUCCUUCUCACUUCCUCGUUGGAGAAUUUUUGUUACAGCCGGUAGAAGGAGAUUACGCAGAUAUACCAGAAAAUCGCAUUGGUCACUGGAGACAUAUACUAAAGGUGCGACAGGAUUUCUGGCAUCGCUGGCAUCGAGAAUGUUUGACUGAGAUGCAGCGCAGAAGCAAGUGGACCGAGGGAGAUAGUAAUCUACAGGAAGGAAUGGUCCUUUUAAGGAAAACACAAACACCACCCCUUCAAUGGCACAUUGGUCGAAUUAUUAGCGUGCAUCCAGGAAGAGAUGGUGUAGUUAGAGUGGUCUCAGUAAAAACCGCUCAAGGACAAUUUAAGCGAUCGGCGCGUAGUGUUUGCGUGCUUCCUAUGGACGAUAAUCUCAAUACUCGGCCGAGAGAUAUUGUAUGUUGAAAGAAACCUUUCAAGGGGGCCGAGCUGUUAAGAAUAUAGUUUAGUUAGUGUUAAGAAUGUAGUUUCGUUAGGGAAAUAUCCGCAUUUAAGCGUAAGGCGGUGCCGUUACUAUAAGAAGCGUAUGCGCAAGUCGAGUUCCCCCCUCCUUUACGAAAAAGAGGGUCCGUCGUCAUGCGGAAGCGAGCGUCAGUAGUAGUAGCAAGUAGUACGUAGUACGAAGGUUGUAGCUCACCAGAGCAAUAAAGCAUUGUGAUUUCACAAGAGCCUUGCAUCAUUAAACAACAAUUAACAUCCCCCUUGUAUACUGUACAGUCAUACAAAGACGAUUGCAAGUCGACGUGAAAGGAAAUCGAAAGCGCUUCAUAUUCUUUUAUUUGCAAUUAUCUAUCCGAAGAGUUAGGUUAAUUUAACUGCAACAUGAUCUUCUUGAGACUUCGUUUGUGUCGCCUGUCAGGCAAACAUGCAGAGAUCGUAACUCAAGUUUGGACGGAUAUGGCACUGGUGAGUUUAUCGUAACGGAUUGUUUUCUUAUAUCGAAACUAAUGUUUAUUUUGCUAUACAUUAAUUUAUUUUUUGUACGUUAGGCUAAAUUGUCGGAAUAAUGGGGAAGUUAGUUUCCCAUUGUAUACUAUACAGUAAUAUAAAGCGGCCCAUCGCAAGUCGAAGUGGAAGGGAAGCACGAGCGCUCGAUAUUCUUUUAUUCUUGCCAUCCGGUUAUAUUAUUUAACCUCAUCUGGAGCUGUUUUGGAUAGCUGUUGUCUCCAGUGUAAAGUUAUCAUCAAAUUAAUGCGUGCAAUAUGCCAGUAGCUAACGUUUUGAUGUUUAAUAUAGCGUUCAGGUUCAGGUUAAGGUUUAGGUUAUUUGAGAUUACGUAUCACCAAAACAAUUAGCUAAGCUAAGUGUUAGGAUCGCUAUCGAGAUCCUGUUGAGAUCCUUCGUAAACCGUAGGCGAUUACAUUAUAACCGAUUCGGAUCAUUUUUGUUUGGCGCGCUUUGCGUUGCGCAUGAUGGUACGCGCAGCGUGCGCUUCGUUUUUUUGUCUUCUUAGGAAGAAAGUUGUGCCGUGAGAUAUGGCGGCGAGUGAACCACGGCGUUAGGACGAAAGCAAGAUUUUACACGAUUAAGUUGGUCCUGUGUAGAGCCGAUAGCCA